AUGAUCGCUUCAGGGACUUUUGGAUACGACGGCUACGGCCGCGGUCUUACUCCGGAAAUGGAUCUCUCUCUUCUGGGCGCAGUAAUCCCCAAGACUCUCACCCGGUACAGUCGUGAAGGCAAUCAGGAACCUCGCUGGUAUCCGGAAUCUUUUCGUGUUGCUCGUGAAAACCGAGAACCAGUGAUGCUUAAUGCUAUAGGACUAACCAAUCCUGGUAUAGAGGCGGGCCUGAAGGACCUUGCCCCCGAAUGGGACCGAUGGGAUGCUACAGUAGUCUUGAGUCUGUCAGGUGAGAGUGUUGAGCAGUUUGGGGAUAUGGCCGCGAUGACCCAGGGCGUUCCCGGCUUUGAGGCAAUAGAACUCAACCUCAGCUGCCCCAACGUGGAGCAGGGAGACCUGUUCAGCUAUAGCUCCAAAGGAACGUUUGAGGCAGUGGGAGCGGUAAAGAAUUACGCCGAGGUUCCGGUGCUGGCGAAGUUGGCUCCCAACGUCCCCGAUAUAGUACCUAUAGCCAAGGCGGCGGUUGAAGCGGGGGCUGAUGCACUGACUAUCUCCAAUACGAUACCGGCCAUGACCAUUGAUCUGGAGUCUCGUCGGCCUGCGCUGGGCAACAUUACCGGGGGGCUCUCUGGACCAGGCUUGCAUCCGGUGGCAGUAGCCUUGGUUUACCGGGCCGCUCAAGUGAUUAAUGUACCCAUUAUCGGAGUAGGAGGCAUAUUCACUGCCGAAGACGCUUUGGAGUUCAUUCUGGCAGGAGCGACCGCAGUGCAGGUGGGGAGCGCGAAUCUGGCCGACUUAUGGGCCCCGUUCAAGAUAUUGGAAGGGAUGCAGUCCUAUUUAGGUGAAAGGGGCAUCACUGACAUUAAGGACCUGGUAGGGGCCGUAGAAGCAUAG